AUGAGCAGCAAGCCCAGAUCGCGCUCUGGGUGUGAAAACUGUCGCCUCAAGCAUAUCAAGUGCGACGAGGCUAAGCCCAAAUGCUCCCGAUGCUCCACGAGAAACCUCCACUGCAACUAUACACUCACGCUCCAGUUCAGGGAAGAUGUAGAGAGAAAAGGCCGCAAGUUCGGCCGUGAAGGCGUCUGGUACAAGAACGGGGCCUCAAAGCGGGCGCUGUCGUCGUCGAACUCCCUCGUUUCCAAAAGCAAGAGUGCCCACUAUGAGCGGCUCCGCAGAAGCCAGCUACGCUUCAUCAAUACUUUCUAUCGAGACUUCCAGUCUGCAAAAAUCCCUAUCUCAUUACAGCUGUCCAUCAUCCCUAAUGACAUCAUCAACUCCAUCGAUGGCGACUUUCUGAGCUUGAGCUUCGCCCUCAACUACUAUGUGAGCUUCAUUUCUCCCAUCCUCAACCCGUUGGGAAGCGAAACCGUCUACUUGAACCAUUUAGACAACAACAAGUACAUCGUUAUCGAGAAGGGCUUGGACUUAACGGCCUUGAUACAAUACUCGCAACGGGAACAGCAUCUUUUCUACCUAAUACUCGCGUUGGGGUCCAUCUAUUUAUCGAAGUUGGUCAACGGAGAUGCAAAACAAGUGUGGAUAGCAAAGGCUCAAAAAUUCCAGCAAAUGGCUAUUAACAGUUCUGGUGGUUCAGUAGCAAGUACUCCACGGCAGAUAGAAUCCAUGGACCCAACUGUGGAGGACUUGGGCGACGACUACGAGCUCUCCUCCAACCAAUCCGCAAUCAGUGUUCACGACCAACUUACGCCACAACCACAAUCCUCGUCAGCAAACUCACAAACCCUCCUUUCCUAUGUUCUACUCAUUCUUUACGAACUUGCUAAUGAUUGCAAUCUGCAGUGGACGGUAUACCUCAAAUUAUCCAAAAAUUUGAUCCAUAAUAAUGACUUCAUAAUCCCCCACAACUCGAUCGAAUAUUCUCUUCUUAAAUUCGGGUUGGAAUUUCUCGACUAUCACGAAGCUAUCGGAAGAACUGCGUGCAAGGAUACCAAUAGUUUCUUCUUGAAGUAUGAAGAUGAAGGAAUGGCCAAUAAUGAUCCAUCCGGAAGUCCGGCUCCAAUCAAGCUUGUAUCGUGGAUUGGAUGUGAUAGAAAUCUUCUCAGUAUACUUCAGGACAUUACUGACCUCUCUUUCGAAAAGGAGAAAUCCGGAGUAUCAACGCAGGACUACCAGUCAAUUUGUGAAACCAUUAGACAAAGGAUCGAACUUCAGAAUCUUAAUGUUUUGGAUCCACUCCUAGAUAUCGCAAAUGUUCCAGAAACUGCAAGCACCAAAUCCUUCAUGGACUCCCGAGUGGAACUCAUGAUAAGUGAUCACGGAAAUACCGAAGAGUUCUGUUACUUGUUGGCCUGUGAGCUCAAGAGACUUGCUGCAGUGAUAUAUUUUGAAUGUUGUCUCCUUGACAAAACUCCUGAAGACCCCGAAAUUUCCAAGUUGGUGAAAGUCAUCUUUAAGGUGUUGGAAAUUCUCGUGCUCAAGAAUGAUUUCAAGUGGUAUGCUACUUUAAUUUGGACAGUUUACAUUGCCAGUUGCGAAAUAUCGCACUGGAGCGAGGACUGUGAAGAACUUCGCUAUUUGAGUCUUGAAGUGCUAGAGAAGAUUGAAGGACAGUCGUUAGGAAAUGUCAAUAGAACAAGAGAAAUGAUUUUGAAUAUUUGGAGAAAAAGGGACCUCGAAGAAGCUGACGAAAAGAGCUUCGGCUCUUUGAAGAACACAAAGCGAGUCAAGAACUCGAUAUCCCAUGCCAAUGACUGGGAUACUUACGUUGUUGAUAAGGACUGCAGGCUUUCCAUGGGUUAA